UUUUUUCUACUGCCAAGCAUAAAGUAGUUAUCUCCUUUGCUUCCUAUUAUUUUAGUUCAUCUUUGGUGGAUGUUUAUUUUCAUGAUCUCGUCCUACUAACUGUUGACAUAUCUUGAUAUGUGCAGAGGUAGGCCAUUAUUAGAAAGAGACACGGUAACUUGAAUCUGGAAGGCCAUUCAAACAAGACCCAACUUUCUAAGGCACAACUGGCAGCUAAUCAUGCAGUAUUCCUAGCCCUGAAUAUGCCAGUUAAAAGCCAAACAGCUGGAGCUACGACUACUAAUAGCUCAGCUGUGACAAAUUCCAUCAAUAACUAUGCCGGGACAAAUGAAAUUAAAAACUCUCUUCUUAUUGCUGGUGUUGCUGAAACUUCAACGAGUGUCUGCUGCUUUUUACAAUCACAAAAGCAGGCUCAAGAAAACCACACAUCAAAACAAUCUCCAGUGUGGUCACUGGGUCCCACAGAAAAACCUCGAUUACCCCUUAAAAAGCCUGUACUGAAAUAUUCUCCAAGUUCAGAUGCCAUGGUAAGAGCCGGUGUCGUAGCUGUUGGGGCACACAUUGCUUCUCCAUCAGAUGCUGCUUCAUUGCUCAAGGCUGCUCAGGCAAAGAAUGUUGUGCAUAUUAUGCCCUCAGGAAGUGGUUCAAUUAAGGCCAUCAGUGGCAUUUCCACCCUCUCGAAGGGUCAUCCUAUAUCCGUACCGGCCUAGCAUCUGCACCAAUUGCCACAUACUCUACUGCCACACCUAGUGCUCCGUCCAUUGGUUCAGUUAAAGCCAUUCCACCUGCAGUUCGGCAUACUCCAACUAUCAAUGCCCAGUCAGAUGUAUCCUCUAAGCAGAAAAAUGAUGUGAGCUAUACCCCUCCGGUCUGCGAAGUUCCCUCAAAACAAAUGGUUAAGACAGAAGAAAUAACAGUGUCUGAGUUGGGGCCUGCCACGAAAGAGUAAAUACAAGAUGCGAGCUUGUAUCUCUUCUAAUUCCCUGGGUGAAGCUGUCAAAGAAAAUAAAGUGACAUCACCAGAUUAAGGUUUGGAUAAAUGGUACAUCUGAUGUUGGGAGUUUGGUUAGUCCAGUGAAUGUGACAUCAUCUUUGAAUGAUCAAGUUAUCGUAGACAUCCAACCAAAAAAUAGGGAAAGUGAGAAGGAUACUGAAAUGAUGAGGUCAGUAGUCGGAGUAGGUGAGAAGGAUGAUGUUGUUGAGGAAGAUGGUGCGAAUCAAAACAUGGAUAAGAUGGAGGAAGAACCAUCGGCAGCGAAGGCAGAUGCGUGUAGUGAGAUAUUAGAGAUUGUAUGCAAAGAAGCUGACACCAAGAGUUGUAGGGGGAGUAAAUUCUCAAAUUAUUAUUUAUUUUUAAUUGAAUUUAUUAGGAGUUGUGUAUUGUAGAUUAGAUGUUAAAGAACCUUGUGGGAAUUGAAGGAUGGAACGAAGUAUUCGAUUAUGUAUA